CCUGGGGCUGCCCUCCCUCCCGCUUCGACCCUCCUUGACUCGCUCCGCCAUGGUCUUGUUUUCUUCUCCUUUACAUCAACAUCACCACGUUUUCGCCAUCGCCUGCUUCCCACGUUAUUUUUGCCAGCGACGCACACGCCACGCCUCUUUAACCCGGUUACUUUUAAAGCCUCUAUUUUAGACGAGAAGAGCGUCUAGUUUCGGUCUCGGGGAGCCGCUAUCGAGGCAUAAGAGACCAACUGCCGACGUACGCCCGCACACCAGAUCACCAUGAACGUUCUCCUCGCCGCUCAACCACCCAUUUUCCCGCAUCACCACGAAGGCCGCCGACAGUCUCCCCAACGCUCAGCUUCUCCAUUUCAAAACAUGACGAACAGAAAGAGAAAGGCCGACGAGGAUGGAGAUGGAGACGAGUCCAUGUCCCCCUUAAGCUCACCAGCUGCUUCCUCCAGAGUUUUGCCUCGCCCAUCAAAAAAAGUCCGAUCGACAGAAGUAACUGGCCGCCCACUCGCCCUCUCUCGCCUGUUAGAAACUCUCGACACCGAUCAGCUGCGAUCAGCACUAGAACGCAUCUGCGACAGCCACCCAGAUAUUGCCCACGAAGUUGUUACCGGAGCUCCCAGACCAACCCCAAUGGCUGCUCUUGAUGUAUUGCUUGGAUAUCAGGAAAAGUUCAAGGCCGCAGUCCCAUACGGACAAAGCAGCCCGGAGUACACCUACUACCGUAUCAAGGAACAGCUGGUUGCGCUGGUUGAUGCUAUUUCGGACUUUACACCACAAUUUCUCCCGCCGACCGAGUCACAGCCUACCAAGUCGCUACAGUUCCUUGAUGGAGCUACCAAGAUUGUUCACGAGCUUCCCGACUGGGAGCCGCAAGCGUACCGACACCACAAGGAUAACGCCUAUGAUGAAAUUUCCAAGGCGUGGGCUCUUGUCAUUACCGAAGCCGGAAAACGUGCUGGUGGCUUCAACUUGCAUUCUGCUGGUUGGGAUCAAGUUUUGGCACGCCACAACGAGCAAUCUGGUGGCCGCCUCGCUGCUGCUAUUGACGCAAUGACGAGCAGCGUUGGCUGGAUGGGCCCGACCCAACAAGCCAACUCCGACCAAAGCUCGAUUCUGAACCAGAUCAUGUCAGGCAACUACGGGUCACCCGUACGCGUUGGCCCCUGGUAAAACAACAGGCAGACGGCAGCAUGCGCAUGGUACAUGACAAAAGUUCUCUUUUUGGGCGGAGUUACGGCAUACGACACUUCUACACGACACGACCCUUUUCCUCACGACUACCCAUUUCCCGCAUUCUUCACUAGCAUAGACAAGGGGUUUUUGCAUUUUGAUUGUUAUUAUUGGCAUUUGCUUUCUACGCCUGGCUUGGCCUGGAGUUUUGAUUUCUUUUUUUAAACUGCGAUUUCUGGUCUGGAAACCCACACUAUUUACGUUUGUUCGGCGGAUGGUACGGCUGGUGGAAGCUUUUAACAAGGAGACGAGGUCUCAUGGACCUCCAUGGACAGGAGCGUGCAAACAUUGUUGAUAAGUGAAUAAAUAGCACGCAGUAGAUAGUAUGCCAUUUUGGGCGAAUAUACUAUUUGUAAUAGUCACACAAUCAUCAGAUGGAGCGAUGCGUAACUCGUAAUACUAAUAGCGAAAUAGAAGUGUUUGUAACUUAUUACAUCCUAUACGUAGCGCUUGCGUCACCCCAGACUUAGGUGGAAGUGCCUAGGCCUCUCACGUGCUCACGGGUGUUGGAUGGGAGAGUGGAUCGCGGACGCGCCUUGUGGCUAACGCGAUGCAUCAACACUGGC